AUUAUUAUUCCGUAGUCGGUACCCACUGAACAACAACUACUGAGCAAAGCAAAGGGGAAAAAGAAGAUCAAAACCCCCAACGAUCUUCUUCUUCUUUUUCAAGGUGAACAAUGGAACCUGAGCAACACAAGCAGCAGAGUUGGAUGGUGGAACCACCGACGGACCGGCCGGUUCGCGUCUACGCCGACGGCAUAUACGACCUCUUCCACUUCGGUCAUGCUCGUUCCCUUGAACAAGCCAAAAAAUCGUUUCCAAAUACUUAUUUGCUUGUUGGAUGUUGCAAUGAUGAAGUCACCCACAGGCUGAAGGGUAAAACGGUCAUGACUGACCAGGAGCGUUAUGAAUCUCUUCGUCACUGCAAGUGGGUUGAUGAAGUUAUUCCAGAUGCACCAUGGGUACUUACACAAGAAUUUAUGGAUAAACAUAAGAUAGAUUUUGUGGCUCACGAUUCUCUUCCUUAUGCUGAUGCAAGUGGUGCUGCAAACGAUGUCUAUGAAUUUGUCAAAUCAAUUGGAAGAUUUAAGGAGACAAAACGUACAGAUGGGAUUUCGACAUCAGAUAUAAUCAUGAGAAUCAUCAAAGACUACAAUGAGUAUGUUAUGCGCAACUUGGAUCGAGGGUACUCAAGAAAGGAUCUUGGCGUUAGCUAUGUGAAAGAAAAGAGGUUGAGAGUGAACAUGGAAUUAAAGAAGCUGCGUGAAAAAGUAAAGAAACAACAAGAAAAGGUGGAAGAAAAGAUCCAAACGGUAGCAAAAACUGCUGGCAUGAAUCAUAACCUCUGGGUGGAGAAUGCUGAUCGUUGGGUUGCUGGUUUUCUUGAAAGGUUUGAAGAGGGUUGCCAUAAAAUGGGAACCGCCAUUAGAGACAGAAUACAGGAACAGCUAAAGGCAAAGGCAAAUGGGAGGGUGCUUGCUUUUGACAAGAACGGCGAUGAGGUGGAAAAUGACGACGAUGAAUAUUAUUACGAUUAUAGUACCGAUGAAGAAGACUACUCCAGUGGUGCAGAAGAAGCAGUAUCAGCAAAAUAACAUCAUUCUUCCUGUUCCCUAUGGAAGUUUGCUCAACUAUCAACUAUGUGACGAAGUGUGGACAAUAUAGGUUGUGAUAUAAAUUGAGAGUUUUAAUGUAUGAUAAAUUUGCUACCCAUUUUCGUUUCUGUUCAUACAAAUGUUUGAAAUUGAACGUUUUAUUCAACUUCUGUAAUAGACAAGAAAGUUAUGUUUCGGACUAUCAUUAGUCGUUUUUAUUGAAGCUUUUAGUGAUUCUGUUUGUUGGCUAA